AAUGUGUUUCAGCUGAAACCCAUGCGAUGAGGCCCACACGACGGCUGAAUACUGCAGGCGCGAGAUCAGUGGCACGCAUGCACACGGACCGUCGCCCGCCGCAUCAUCACCAAACGGCAAAUUCAGCACUCGUUGAUUGCUAUCCUGUCCGUAUACCGAACAGGUGAGACGCAAAGCGCAGAACAGAUUUCACUCACAACUGCAUGCGCCUCGCUUCAGCAUCGACUCGAAGGCCAGAUCUGCUCCUCGAUCAGAAGGAUGCAUGCAGCACCUACAGGCGCCUGCUGCCAUGCACUCGAUUCUUGGAGACCUGCAGUCACAGUGUGCGCAACAAAUGAUGGGCAGAGACAUUCACAAUCCGAACGGCAAAACAAACGGAGCUCAUGCGGGUGCUCGAGGCGCAGCAAUCGUGAACAUGACUCCUACAUUUCGGCGCGAGGGCAGCAUCAAGCACGCGUACGCAUGAAGGUGUGUCAAGAGGUUCGAAUCAGAAUGGCAAGUUUUGAGUUUUGAGUGGACAGCGCACGCGCGCUGGGUACUUGGCUGCCACGCGACGCUGCUCCAUCGUCUCCCCUUGCGGCGCUGCAUGGCAUGGUCAACGCAUCGCGCAGCACAGCGUCAACAACACGCACGCUGCGACUGAUCUCAGGGCUACGCUUUCUCCUUGUGAGCUUUUGACCAUCCGUCACAAUCACCAUUCACUCGAUCGCCUCAUCCACCUCAAUCACCCCUCUACCGCUGGACUCUACGGCGGCCGGCGUCGAGUGCUGUCUCUUGGACGUCUCGACAAGCGCUGCUUGCGCUUGCCGGCUUCGACGUCGCUCACGACACCCACAAGAAGGCUCGCCACAGGAGCGACAUCGACGACUGCAUGUGCGAACCGGUAUGAGCUUGACCAUCUGUUCUCCGUAGCCCGCCCGCGCGCACUACUUCGGCCAAGGCAGUCCGCAAGCGAGACAAGACGAUGAUGGAUGAAGGCUUUCAUUGCAACAUUCUGCGCUGUCGCAGGCGUCUUGAUGUGGA